UAAAUGAGGGUUAUGUGUUUGGUUUCAUCCCUUUCUAUUUGGAUCGGAUCUGAGUCAUAGAGACUAGAGAGUGUUCAACUCACUCAAGAGUUCAGUGGUUGCACAUACACACCAAAGUUUCUUCACUUUCUUGCUCUCUUUGUUUCCUCAUGCUCCUUUCUUCUUCUGCUUCAACGAACGUCUCUUCCUCUUCACCUGCAUUGCCUUUUCUCUCCUCUCACCAGGAGAUUCUGUAAUUAAGAGCUUUUUUGAAUGAGCACUUAUUGGUAAUUCACUGUUCUGAGUUGGAUUGUUAAGAGUGUUCAAAUACCCUUCAUGGAGUCAUCUGUCAGUGGAGUUGAUUUCUUAUCAGAGGUUCAGAAUUCAGUUUCUGCGGCACGUCACAAUCCUCCUUCAACAUCUGGGACUCCCCGUCCUUCUCGACCUCCAUUGAGAGCACCUAGAAAUCAUGGUCAUGGGGCUUCUUCCACUUCUCUUAUGGCUGGUCACCAUAAUUAUGGAACAAAGACCAUCCAUCAUCAAAACACCUAUGUAGUUCAUGGAAAGCAUCCCUAUCAGGAUGGAAACAAAGUGGAAUGUGAAGGAUUGGCAACAAAAUUAUUCGGCAAGAAACCAUUUGAUGAUUCCAAGGCUUGUGAGUUAACUGGCAUAUUAGAAUUGGAAAAUUGUAUCUUAGGUCCAUCGAGACGAGCUGUUGUUAAUCAUGCAAAGAGUUACUGUCAGUCAGAGGUUACUUUCUGUUCAAGUCCUCAGAACAGUUUCUAUUCAGCCACCGUCUAUUCAGAAGCCAAAGAAAGUUUCACCAAUACUGAGGCCAGUGAGUGCGCUAGUGUUGAUAAGUCGUGCGAAAGUGGAGAAGUUACAAUUUCCUGUGAUUUCAAUGAGAGCAGGAAGACCAGCACCUGUAGAGCGAGUACUGGAACUGAUGUUAGCGACGAGAGCAGCAUCAGUAGCUUGAGCAGUGCUUUGUACAAACCCCACAAGGCAAAUGAUGUAAGAUGGGAAGCAAUUCAAGCCAUCCGAGUUCGUGAUGGGACGUUGGAAAUGAGGCAUUUCAAGUUGUUGAAGAAGCUGGGAUGCGGAGACAUUGGAAGUGUGUAUCUAGCAGAACUGAGUGGCACAAGGACUUCUUUUGCCAUGAAGGUCAUGAACAAAACCGAGCUGGCAGGGCGAAAGAAGCUUCUGAGGACUCAGACGGAGAGAGAGAUAUUGCAGUCUUUGGAUCAUCCGUUUCUACCCACAUUAUAUACACACUUUGAGACAGAGUCAUUCUCCUGCUUGGUAAUGGAGUUCUGCCCUGGUGGUGACCUUCAUGCACUCAGGCAAAGACAACCUGGGAAGUUCUUUUCCGAGCAUGCUGUCAGGUUUUAUGUGGCAGAAGUUCUCCUUGCUUUGGAGUAUUUGCACAUGCUUGGGAUCAUCUACAGAGACCUUAAACCUGAGAAUGUAUUGGUGAGAGAAGAUGGUCAUAUAAUGCUCUCAGAUUUUGAUCUCUCUCUAAGGUGCACCUUCAGUCCAACUCUUGUAAAGUCAUCAAACCCUGUCUUGCAAACAAAAAGCUCAGGAUUCUGCAUUCAGCCCGCAUGCAUUGAUCCAUCAUGUGCAACGCAACCAGACUGCGUCCAACCUGCAUGCUUCUCGCCGCGAUUUCUCUCAGGCAGGUCCAAGAGAGAAAAGAAGUUCAGACCAAAGUACGACAUGCAUCAUCAGGUGAGCCCUCUCCCUGAGCUAGUUGCCGAGCCGACAAAUGCGCGAUCCAUGUCAUUCGUGGGCACACACGAGUACUUGGCACCAGAAAUCAUUAAAGGGGAAGGGCACGGGAGCGCUGUAGACUGGUGGACGUUUGGGAUAUUCCUGUACGAGCUUCUGUUUGGUAGAACUCCAUUCAAGGGUUCUGCCAACCGAGCAACGCUGUUUAAUGUUGUCGGGCAGCCCUUGAGGUUUCCAGAAUCUCCUGCUGUCAGCUUUGCUGCCAGGGACUUGAUCAGGGGGUUGCUUGUGAAAGAGCCUCAGCAUCGUCUUGCCUAUAGACGCGGAGCUACAGAGAUUAAACAGCAUCCGUUCUUUCACAAUGUGAACUGGGCACUUAUCCGGUGUACUAAUCCUCCUGAGGUUCCAAGACAAACCAUGAUGAGACCAUCCCAAACUGAAAAGGAGCUUGGUGUAAAGCCUUCUGGUAAUUAUUUAGAUAUUGAUUUCUUUUGAUUCUUAUGUCAUGUAUCUUUUCUCUUCCUCCUCUGGACAAGUUUCCAUCUCUCAUUUUUGUUGCUUUUCUGUCCAUGCUUCUUUCGUUUGCAUGAAUGUAUGCAACAUUUUCAACUACAUUGAUCAGCACUUGUAACUUUCCCUCAUGAGCUGUUGUAAGAAAUUCCAAAUGCCAUAAGUUGAAGAGCAAAGUUUCUGCUCUCUCAUUUACCUA